AUGGGUUCCAUGCCUACGAGAAACCUCUCAACGCGCGGACUGGCAGCGAGCGAAUCAGGCCGUGCCGCUCCCGUCUGGAACAUCAUGCCUGACGUCUGGGAUCCUGUUUCCAACCCAGAAGGAUAUGUCAAUCUGGGUGCUGCGGAAAACGCUCUCAUGCAUGAUACCCUUAUAGAGAACAUGCGGAAGAGCUUCUCACCUACCGUCAAGACACUAACUUACGGAGACGGCAUGACUGGCACUGAACGGAUUAAGAGCUCCAUGGCUCAGUUUCUCAAUAGACAUCUUAAGCCAUUCCGCUCCCUUGAACCAUCACAUCUCAAGAUCACGAAUGGGUGCAGCAGCGCCGUGGAGCACCUUAUGUUCGCUUUGGCCAACCCGGGUGAGGGCAUCCUCUUAGGCCAGCCCUUUUAUGGUACAUUUGCUCCCGAUAUCGAGCUACGCUUCGGAGCAAAACUGCUGCCAGUUCCGUUUCGAGAUGUCGAUCCGCUUGGGCUAGAUGCAGUAGCCGCCUAUGAGAAAGUCCUCCAAGAAAGCAGCGAGAACGGAGUCAACACUGCGGCACUGCUUAUCAGCCAUCCCCACAACCCGUUGGGACGCUGUUACCCGAAAAAGGUUCUUGUUGAACUAAUGCAGCUGUGUGAAAAGUACAAGAUCCACUUCAUCAGCGACGAGAUCUAUGCGCUGUCGACGUGGGAAAAUACCGUGGACGAGGUCGAGCCGGUUCCAUUCGAAUCAGUCCUAUCCAUUGAUACAAAGGACCUCAUCGACCCGUCCCGAGUCCACAUCAUCUGGGGCAUAUCCAAAGACUUUGGCGCGAACGGCCUGCGUCUUGGAGCACUCAUCUCCCAGAGCAACCCGGCACUGCACGAUGCCAUGCUCACCGUGGGGUUGUAUAGCACACCCUCGCUGGUCUCUGACCAACUUACUACGGCGUUCCUGGAGGAUCAGCAGUGGUCAGACUCAUAUAUCGCUGAGAACAGACGACGCAUGUCCGAACAGUACGUCGUGGUUACUGCUUGGGCCAAGAAAUAUGGCAUCCCCUACACCCCUGGAGCCAAUGCGGCGUUCUUCCUAUGGCUUGACCUCGGUGCCUAUUUCCGGGCUCUCCAUCCGCAAUUCUGCCAUAUGGACAUUCAAAGCGUCAUAACGAAAGCAUUGCUGGAUCGAAAAGUCUACGUUGCGUCAGGCAAGGACUACGGGUCCGAGAAAGUAGGAUGGUACAGAAUCGUCUUUACCUACAAGCUGCCUUACCUGACGAAAGGGUUGGAUAGAAUUGUUAGUGGGCUUCAGAAUUUGAGCACUACGAGAAUAAAUAAGCAACCAACAAGCCGGGAGACACCCCCUCUAUAA